CGAUUAUUUUUUUUAUAAAUUAAAUUUAAAAUUUUAUCGAAUUGUCGUUAAAAUUAAUUUUCUUUAUUAAUUUGUUUUUAGCUACAUUAUAUAAUAUAAAGUUUUAUAUUAUUAUAUUAUUUUAUUAUAUCAAAACAAUUUUGUGUAAAUUUAUGUAAUAACUUUUACUUGUAUAUUGACAAAUAUUAAAAUAUAUUGUAAUUGAAUAAUAUUGUAAAAAUAGUUAUAAUCUUAAUCUUAUAGUCUUAAUCUAUAAUUGUAAAAAUACAUUUUUAAUUUAAAAUUGAUUUCAAUUAAUAAGUUGGAUUUUAUAAUGGCAAAUCUAAAUGAUGACAGAAUUGUUGUUUUAAUAGAUAUGGAUUGUUUCUUUUGUCAAGUUGAAACAAAACUUCAACCACAAUAUGCUGGAAAACCCCUUGCUGUUGUGCAAUAUAAUCAAUGGCAAUUAGGAGGAAUAAUUGCUGUUAAUUAUGAAGCAAGAGAAUAUGGUGUUACAAGACACAUGAGAGGAAAAGAGGCUAAAGAAAAAUGUCCAGAUCUUAUUUUAGUUAGUGUACCAUGCCUUCGUGGAAAAGCUGAUAUAUCAAGAUAUAGAAGUGCUGGCUGUGAAGUUAUUAAUGUUAUAAAAGAACACUGUAAUGUUAUAGAGCGAGCUAGUGUGGAUGAAGCAUAUUUAGAUAUUACUGAUAUGGUUCAUAAAAGAAUGUCCACAAAUUUAAAUUUUUCAGAUUUAGCAACACAACUUUCAAACACAUUUGUAGUAGGAUAUUCAGAAAUUGGAAAGAAUGAUGAAGAAGAAAGAAGCAAGGGCACAAAAAUUUGGAUAAAAAAUGUUUUUGAAGAAUUUGAAGAUAUAGAAGCACAAAAGUUUGCAAUAGCAGGAUUAAUAGUUGAAAAAAUAAGAGCCGAUAUAUUUGAUAAAAUAGGUUUCAAAUGUUCUGCAGGUAUUUCACAAAAUAAGAUAUUAGCUAAAUUGGCAUGUGGAUUACAUAAACCAAAUCGACAAACAAUAUUACCUGCAGCUGCAGUAUUAACAUUAUAUUCAACAUUACCAAUAAAAAAAGUUAGAAAUCUUGGUGGCAAAUUUGGAGAUAUUGUUACUGAAUCUUUGAAUUGUAACGUUAUGGGUGAUUUAUUGCAAUAUUCAUUACAAUAUUUGCAAAAACGUUUUGAUGAGAAAACAGGGUUGUGGUUAUAUAAUAUUGCUAGAGGCAUAGACAAUGAACCUGUUAAUGUACGAUUGGUAUCAAAAUCAAUUGGAGCAUGUAAAAAAUUUCCAGGAAAACAAGCUAUAACUUCACUAAAUAUGUUAAAACAUUGGAUUAGUGAAUUAUCGACAGAAAUUUGCGAACGUCUCGAACGAGAUUUUAUAGAAAAUGAGCGACGCGCAACAUUAGUUACAAUAUGUUAUCAUUAUUAUCAAAACAAGACUACAGUAUCUCAAUCACGUUCAUAUACUUUAAAUUCAUAUAAACCAAAAAAUAUGACAAUUCGUUGUGUGGAUAUUGUGUCUAAAUCAAUACAAUGUCCAAUUGCAUAUUUAGGUAUAUCAGCUAGUAAAUUUAUAGCAACUAAAGGUAGUGAAAAUUUUCGAAAUUUUUUUAAAUCAAAUAAUUCAGAAUAUCAUCAGAAAAAUGUUCAAAUAAAAAAUAUGAAGAUAGAAAAUACAUAUUCAGUAGUCAAUAUUACUAAAUCAAUAAGAAAUGAUUUAAAUGUAGAUAAAAUUAGUUUAUAUUCUAAUAGUAAUAAAAAUAAUCUAUCAAAUAAUAAACUGAAAAAUAUUGAAAAGAAAAAUAUGCAAUUAAGCAAACAAAUUUCUGAUACAAAAACAGAUUAUUCUCCUACUUCUAAAAAAUUAAAUAAUUUAAUUACUUCAUUAAAUGAACAAGAUAAAACAAACACAUUUUAUGAAAGAAAAAUAAAUUUGAAUAAUUCCUUGAAUCAAAAUGAUUUUAAAGAAUCAUUUUUUGUAAAUAUUUUUAAUUCAAAAAAAAGUGAUUCAAAAGAUAUGUUUACACGUAACGUUGAAUUAAUUGAAUUAAAUAAUAAUAUAAAUUUAAAUAUUGAAUUAGAAAAAAUAAAUGUAAAUAAUAUAAGAAAUGAAAAUAAUUUUGAUAAAAAAUUGGAUUUAAAUGCAAAAAAGAACAAUUGUAAACAAUAUACAAAUAAUGAAAUUAAAAAUAGACCAAUUGUAAAAUUAAAUCAAAAUAAUGAAAUAAAUAAUAGCCAAAAUAUUACAAAAUUAGAAGAAAUAUUUCCCGACUUAAAUAAUAUUGAUCCCACUGUACUUGCAUUGUUACCAUUGGAUUUACAAAAAGAAGCAAAAUUAUAUAUGAAAACAAAAGAUAAUAAAGAUAAUACAAAAGGUAUUUUAAUGAAAACAUCAAAGGCAAAAAAUAAAUUUAAGAUAAAUACUUCAAAAAAGAAGAAAAAAAAUGAUAUUUCUAAUUUUUUAAUAAAAAAAAAUUCAUCUAAUCUAAUUCCUUCUAAACAAUGUUUAAAAUGUUAUCAAAUGAUAUCUUUGUCAAAAUAUCAGGAACAUUGCGAUUUUCACAUGACUGAAAAUCUGCAAUAGAAUAUAAGUAAUACAUUGUUAAAUAAUAUGAAUAUAAAAAGAAAGGAAAAUAAUGAUUUAAAUAUAAAUUUCAUUAAACGUCGAUCGAAUGCAAAUAUUUUAAAAUCGUGAAGAUUUAAUUCAUAAUUUCUUUUGUAUAUAAUAUGAAUUGAUAUAUUAUAAAUUAUAUAUUGUAAUGAAAUAAUAAAGAAAUAACAUUUUUUA